AUGGCUCUUACAUUGCCGGUCGUUCUGGCAUGCGCCGGACUAGUCCUGGGCUCCGUCCGUACCCAAACAUAUGGUCAUCACCUACAGCCCGCUUACGGUCAUCAUACACCUGCAUACGGUCAUCAUGCGCCUGCUUACGGCCACCAACACGAGUAUCCCGAGUACGAGAUCAAGGCUACCAUCACUGCAGAUCACCUCUUUGCCAAGAAGUACGCUGAUGUCGCCGACCAGUCUGCUGAUGACCUGGUAGACAUGGUUAGCAAGGCCCAGCAGGAGGCCUUCGACUACUCUUACUACACUGGAGCCUCCACUGGGGACUCUCCCUACGAUGCCACCCACUGGGGUGGUCCUGAGGGUUACAUCUGUCCCUCCGAAGUGGUGUAUGCCAUGGCCAAACGUGCCCAGAAUGUGGACGGCAAGUGGCGCGUCAUUGUCAACGACGUUCACUAUUACAGCCAGACUACCCGCCUCGAGACUUGUCUGUUCCCAGAGGCUGCUUGUCGUGCCCUUGCUCCUUGGUACAAGAGUCACUGCACCCAGAAGUCAGUAUACCAUCGACUCCUCUCCUGUGAUCCAUGUGACCCCUACAAGGGCUUGUUCAUCGACAUCUACAAGAUGCCAUCUGCCUGCUCCUGCCACCUUCCCGCCUAA